AUUUAUCAUGCUCGGUUUAUUGAAGAUGAGAUUCAUUCGAACUUGCAUCAUGCAAAGAUGGGAACUGUAGUUAUGGUUAAUGCCGGGAAGAACCUAAAUGCUUCUCAGUUCUAUAUCACAUUGCGCGAUAAUAUUGAUCACACCGUUUUUGGAGUGAUUGUGGAAGGGCUUGAUACAUUGAAUAGGAUAAAUGAAGCUUAUGCGGACAAGAAUGGCAGGCCAUUUAAGGAUUUCCGAAUCAAACACACUUGCAUAUUGGAUGAUCCUUUCACUGAUCCUCCCAAAUAAAGGGACUUGAUUCCAGAUGCUUCACCCGAAGGAAAACCAAAAGAUGAAGUUGAAGAUGAUGUGCGACUAGAAGAUGAUUGUGUGCCAAUAGAUGAGCAGCUAGGUGUACAAGAACUUGAGGAGUUUCUACGUGCAAAAGAAGCACAUUCCCGAGCAGUAGUUGUUGAAAGUGUAGGGGCCAUUCCGUAUUCUGAGAUAAAGCCUUCGGACAAUGAGUUGUUUGUGUGUGAAUUGAAUCCAAUCACUCAAGAAGGCCUGUGUACAAUCUUCUCACGCUAUGAAACUGUGACAUCUGUUAAAUUAGUUAGGAACUACGAGACUAGGAACAGCCUUGGCUAUGCUUUCAUUGACUUUGAAGACAAAAAGGCAUGUGAACAAGCAUAUCGUAAGAUGAAUAAUACUCUAAUUGAUGAUAGAAGGAUUCACGUUGAUUUCAGUCAGAGUGUUGCAAAGUUGUGGUCCAUAUACCGAAUCACAGGCCAAAUGGAUACAGGAAAAGGUUACGGAACUGCUGCUGAAAGUCCAAAAAGAAAUAAGAGAAGAAGAGAUUUUGGAGAUGGAAAAUAUUAUGAGGAUCCGAAUCCUAAACAUAGGGAAUUGGAUGAUGAUGGAGUCCGGAAGAUUCAGAAAAGAGAUGGAUAUGAACGUCAUAGGCAGGAGGAGAGAAGUAAACAUCACAAAACUGGACAUUGCGGUAGUGGGGCGAGCGCUAGUCGUGAGAAUGAGAGAUAUCAUAGGGGUCUGAAAGAUUUCACUUAUAGAAGAAACACUGAUCAUCAUAACCUCAAGGCUAGGGGAGGCAGACCAGAACAUAAUAGAAAUGCGGAUAAUGUGAAACAUGGAGACAAGGGGAAUCCAAGGGAGAGUGAGAAGCGUUAUUGGAGAACUCACUAUCGUGACAGUGACCAUGACUGUCAUUGUGAUCGUGGCAGAAGGAACUAAGUCGGUGAAGAACAUCUUCUAGAGCCUGGACAAUUUAGCUAGAUCAUGAUAUUUCAACGUGACCUACACAAUUGAAGUUUAAACUUUCAUUGUAGUAUAGUUGUUUCGAUAUUUUUAAUUGCUAUUUUCAAUUGAUAUUGACUGUAUGAAUUGGUUUAGGCAAGGCCAAAGGACAAGAA